GCGGUGCCCCGCCUGUGCGAGAGGGGGCGGUCUAGUGACAAAUCACUGUUUAUUGGGAAAGAAGAAGAAGGGCUUGCUCGGUUGAGGAAAAUGGCCGAUGUAGAGAUGGAUAUCACGGCGAGUCGAAUGAAUAAUUUCAACGAGCACAUGAAACAGGAGAUGGAAAGCCAAGAGAGAAGCGGUAAUGAAGACAGUGGAGAUGUGUCUGAAGAGGAGGGGGAAGAAGAGGAUGAGGCCGAGACUAACGGCGAGAAGCCACAGGAGGGCCCCAAACAUCACAGCAGUGGCGGCAAACACAAGAGGAAAAAACACAAACAUCGCAGUAAGCACAAAAAACACAAGCACGCUUCAGACGAGGACAAGGACCGCAAACGCAAGCAUCGCCACAAACACAGGAAACACAAGCGUAAUAAGGAGGGCGCCUCUCCCUCCGUGGCUGCCAUCUUCACCUCCUCUGGCCAAAAGAAAGGCGACUCCUCCCCUUCCUCGGGCAACCCAAGUCUGGAUGACCGGGCCGUACUGGAAGACCUGGAGAAGCAGAGGGCCAUGAUCAAAGCUGAGCUGGACAGCCAGCUGAUGGAGGGCAAGGUCCAGUCAGGAAUGGGCCUCAUCUUGCAGGGUUAUAACUCCGGAUCAGAAGAAGAUGGAGAUCGGGUCAGAAACGGGGAACAGCGCCAGCGGGGCAGCUUGGGGAAAGCCAUUUCUCCCCGGGGAGUGGGAAGUGGUAAAGCUAGAAGGGAAUCGACAGAGGCCAGUAAGACUGCCUCCAAGCGCCAUAGUCCAAACAAGGCCACGGUCCGGCCUGUAAAAGAGUCCAAACAGGAUAAGGUGAGCAAAAGCAGCAAGGAGAAAGACAUCAGCGCCAAAGACCGAGGGCGUGGAAGGAGUGCUUCAAAAGAGAGAAAACAUUCAGAAAGCACUGAUAGGUCCAAGGAGAGAAGCAGGAAGUCUCCUUCCCCACCCAGCUGGAGAGCAGAGCAGAAAAUAAGUCGCUCUGAGAAACGGCCCUCACCGCAUCGGGACGAGCGGCCGGUCCAGGAAAAAGCAAGGCCGCGGUCCAAAUCACCUGGACGUGAGCGGCCGAGUCGCUCUGACACCGACAAAAGACCGACCAAGUCUCCGUCAAAGGAUGCAUCGUCUGGGAAGGAGAAUCGCUCGCCGCACAGAAUGCCGGCUCCCAGCGCUGUAAAAAAGCGUAGCCCCUCCCCUCGUCAUAGAGAUUCCCGCCAUGCCUCGGCUGGCGCAACAGAUCGCAUGAAGCAGAGCCACUCCCCCGUCCCUAGGGCCAGGUCGCCGCCGAGGAGAGGACGUAGCCGUUCACCGGACGUCAGGAGGAGGGACGCUGAGAGGCAGGAGUCGCCGCUCAGGAAGCGACUGCGACCAGAAGGCGUGCCAGGGCGAGAUCGGUCGCGAGACAACAGUCCCAAGUUGCCCGUGCGCCGAAGGAUAAGUCGCUCGCCCCUAAGACGACGUUCUCCAUCCCCCCGUCGACGCUCCCGCUCGUCCCCUCGCAGACGGAGCAGGUCUCCACUGAGACACCGGUCCGGAGACAGAGAUCGCUACGGGAGACUCCGACAGUACCGACGCUCCAUGUCACGCGAUCGUGAGAGGAGGCGGCGUCGCAGCAGAGAUGAAGACAAGUUCAAGGGAAGCCUCUCAGAAGGCAUGAAGGUUGACCAGGAGUCCUCAGGAGAAGACGUGUUAGAUGAUUUCGAUGGAGAGGAGAUCGAUGAAGAGGCUUUGAUUGAGCAGCGCAGACAGCAGCGAAUGGCCAUUGUACAGAAAUACAAAGUGUUGAACGAUGACAGCAAUAUGGCGUCGGAGCCCAACAGCCCGCAGAGCAGCACCCGCAGCCGCUCGCCGUCGCCUGACGACAUCCUGGAGCGAGUCGCCGCCGACGUCAAAGAGUAUGAACGCGAGAACCUCAACACCUUCGAGGCCAACAUCAAGGCCAAGCACAACCUGAUCGCCCAGGAGAAAGAUGCGGCCAACCCAAAGAAGCCAUCGGCGCCCGACAUGUUCACAGAGUCGGACGACAUGUUUGCAGCUGACUUUGAUGGUGCUAGGAUGAGAGCAGCUGGAGUCGGGAAGGACUUCAAGGAGAAUCCAAACCUCAGGGACAACUGGACCGAUGCCGAGGGCUACUACAGGGUGAAUAUUGGCGAGACGCUGGACAAGCGCUACGACGUUUACGGCUACACGGGCCAGGGGGUGUUCAGCAACGUGGUCCGAGCCAGGGACACUGCCAGGGCCGGCCAGGAGGUGGCAGUAAAAAUCAUCCGGAACAACGAACUCAUGCAGAAAACGGGUUUGAAAGAGCUGGAAUUCCUCAAGAAGCUGAACGACGCCGACCCUGAUGACAAGUUCCACUGUCUGCGUCUCUUCAGACAUUUCUACCACAAGCAGCAUCUCUGUCUGGUCUUUGAGCCGCUCAGCAUGAACCUGCGAGAGGUGCUGAAGAAGUACGGCAAAGACGUGGGACUACACAUCAAGGCCGUGCGCUCCUACAGUCAGCAGCUCUUCUUGGCCCUGAAGCUGCUGAAGAGAUGCAACAUCCUGCAUGCUGACAUCAAGCCUGACAACAUCCUGGUGAACGAGUCGAAGACCAUAUUGAAGCUGUGCGAUUUUGGGUCGGCAUCGCACGUCGCCGACAACGACAUCACCCCAUAUCUGGUCAGCAGAUUCUACAGAGCUCCAGAGAUCAUCAUAGGCAAACCGUACGACUACGGCAUCGACAUGUGGUCGGUGGGCUGCACGCUGUACGAGCUCUACACGGGAAAAAUCCUUUUGCCAGGAUCCUCCAACAAUCACAUGAUCAAACUGGCCAUGGACGUCAAGGGCAAGAUGCCAAACAAGAUGAUCCGUAAAGGUGUCUUCAAAGACCAACACUUUGAUCAGAAUCUCAACUUCCUCUACAUCGAAGUGGACAAAGUAACAGAGCGGGAAAAGGUGACAGUGAUGAGCACCAUCAACCCCACCAAAGACCUGUUGUCCGACAUGAUUGGCGGCCAGCGUCUGCCGGAGGACCAGAGGAAGAAGGUGAUGCAGCUCAAGGACCUGCUGGACGGCACAUUGAUGCUGGACCCGGCCAAGCGCAUCAGCAUCAACCAGGCACUGCAGCACCCCUUCAUCCAGGAGAAGAUCUGACCAGCCCACCCUUCCCCUUUUUAUGGAGACCAACCACUAAAAGCAGCUCUCACAGGAACCCAGACUUUCAGAAUGUUUUUUUCUGUUCUCCAUGUAUUGCUGUGUGGCCUCAUCAUUGUUUUAUUGUAAAUAUGAAAUGGUAGCCCAUCUUAAAAAAAUGUUGUUUUU